AUGGCGCGCUCGCGCAAGGGCCCGAGUCUUCCCUCAGGCCGAGUCCCCGGUUCUUUCCGCGCGGGCCUCUGGGAGACAGACGGCGGUGAGGCGCCGCCCUCCACCGCGCUGCGCAUGCGCCCACCCUGCUGUGCGGGUAAGAGGGAGGAGUUUGGCUGUUGCCGCGAGCUCCUGGCGUCGCUGCUUUCCGCUGCCCCCUCGGCGCCUCAGCGAGCGUUCGGGGCCCCUGAGCUUCGAGCCAUGAGGCUAGGGCCCACACUGCUGCUCCUGGGCCUGGGCCUGAGUGGCCUCCAGUCACUCUCUGCUCUGCGUGGGGCCCAGGUCUCUGAGCCAGGAAGGCUCGCCUGGCCGUCAGGGGGGCCGCCCGUUGUCCCCGCGCCCUCUGAUCCUCAGCAGGUCCCCGCAGGACCCGGCUUCAAGGUGCCCAGCGGCCGCGUCCAGCUCCGCCUGCUGCCCCGCAGGAGACCUGUGGGCAGCGUGGUGUUGAGCGGCAGCCUCAGCCUGUGCUUCACAGAGCCCGGGGGCGCUUGGGGGCGGGGGCGGCGCCGCUACUGCCUGGGCCUGCACGCCCUGCUGCGCUCCAGCCACCAGCCCGCCGCGCCCACCGACCUGCACCUGCGUCUGGCUGCCCCCGAAGGCCGCCUCUCGCUGGCCUGGUUCGUGCCACUGCGGCACCUGCCGCGCCACCCGCGCUGGACUUUCCUCUUGCGGCUGCUCGGGCCGGGCUCCGCACAGAACCGGUGCCCCGACUCCCUGGCCCAACUCACCCGGCCCAGGCCCCAUGCCGGCUUCGCGGCUCAAACCAAGUGCCCCACGGAGGGCCCCACACCUGUGAUUCUAGAGGCUGUGAACUUGCACCCCCCCAAAGCCAUUGCGUCCUCGGUGUCCUGUCAGAUGAGACCCUGCCAGAUCAACCAGGUGAAGGUCAACAGGCCCGGCAGCCAGGGCCCAGUGAGGCUGAACUGGAAGGAAGACCACACCAUAAACGCCACCGUGGCCAUCGACUGCCCGGACACCCGGUCUUUCACACAGUUCUGGGAAAUCUUUAAUGUGUCGAAGGUGAACCAGUCGCCCAACUGGGCAGCACCAUUGUACCUACCACAGCUCCAGACUAAUACAAACUCAUCAUCUCUACAUAUACCUAAGUACUCUGUAACUUGGGGCAUGUAUGUGGUAAGAUUGACCGUGACUGUCACCACCACAGAUCCAGCCAUGCCGAUCAUAAAAGACUUAGAUUACAUCUAUAUCGAGGUUUACAGAAGGCCCCUGAAGGCCAUCAUUCUUGGGUUUUCCAGCAUGACAGUGAAUUUCACCGAUGAGCUGGUUCUGAAUGGUGAAACUUCCUCAGACCCUGAAGCAGACAACCCGAGAGAGGGACUCCAUUUUCGUUGGUACUGUACCAUAAGUCCACAAAACUAUGGGGCAGGUGACGUCAAUGUGUCAAGUAGCCAGACUUGUCAUCCAGGGCAGACUGACCUGCGUUGGACUUGGGCCACAGGCCCGCUACUGAAAAUAGCACCAGAAAUGCUUAAAGGGGACGCUGAGUAUUUUUUCCGAAUGGUGGUAGAGAAAAACGACAGGGCAGCAUUUGCUGAUAGAAGUGUGCGUGUGCUCCCAGGACCGACACCCACAGCAGGAAUUGAAUGUCUGGAAAAUUGUGAUAGCAUUUUAAUUAUAUCUGAUCGAUUUUCUUUGUUCUUAAAUUGCACCAAUUGUGGCCAAUUCAGGAUGGACAGGUAUACAUGGUCAGUUGUGUCAGCGGCUGGUAAAGACAUACUGUUUAACUGGAGAGGACAAACGGUAACUGGGCGACAGGGUACUUAUUUGUCUAUCAAAGCUUUCGCGUUUCUGACGUUUUUAGAAAAUCAAUAUUGGAUUUCUUUGAGUCUGGAAACUUGGGGUGGUGUGGUGGCCAACUUUAGGUACAGCUUUGUUAUUAACCAUGCCCCUCUAAUUGGACAAUGUGACAUUAACCCAGGGAAUGGAAUUGCGUUUGUUACUAAAUUUGUCGUCGGCUGUCAUAGCUUUAAAGAUAGGAAUAUCCCUCUGACAUAUAAAGUCAUAGUUUCUGAUCUGUACAAUCUUGGUGAAAUAAGUACUGUAAAAGAGAAUACAUUGGGGGCUAUCUUGUACUUGGGGACUCGGCCUAGUACACCCUCUUUCUAUCUCCCAGUUGGGAUCAUGGCCAAUCAGUUUGACGUGAAGCUCUAUGUCCAAGUUUAUGAUACCCUGGGAUCUUUUUCCCAGGUGACUUUGCAUGCCACGGUGCAGCCCCCUACGAAUCAGCAGGCACCCAGCACCGUGAUUCAGCAGUUACUCAAUGAUACCAAAGGAACCGGUUCAUUGCUUUUGACUUUGCUUCAGAACAGGGCUGAUGUCUUUAUCCAGCUGAUGGGAUCAAAAGGUACCAGUGAUGUGCACUGCUUAACCCAUCCGGAUUAUAAAACUCUCUACAGAGGAAACAUCGAUACUUUCCUCCUAACAACGAAAAGUGACUUGGGUGACAUCCACUCCAUUCGCCUGUGGCACAACAAUGAGGGCAAAGCGCCCAAUUGGUAUGUAAGUCGAAUUAAAGUGGAAAACCUGUUCCACAGACGCGUUUGGCUGUUCAUGUGUCGGAAAUGGCUUUCUCUUAAAACCUCUGUGGACCAGACAUUUCCUGUAACCAACCCAGAGAAGCCUCUGAACAGAAUCGAUUUUUUCUUGAUCACUUCAACUUAUGAGCUCAGGAGAAACCACAUGUGGUUCUCUAUUUUUGCCGGUAUCAUUGCUAAACCGGUCAACCGGCUACAACGACUGUCUUGCUGUUUAGCAGUGUUGCUCAGCACUCUUCUCUGUAACAUUAUGUUCUUUAACGCCAAUCGCAAAGAAGACAUUGAGUCAAAAGAGUUAUACCACAUCAGAUUAAUGAUGAUUGCAAUCAAAAGCACCUUAACUACCGUCCCCUUACAAUUAUUGCUAAGUUUUCUGUUCACCUAUUCUCAGAAGAAACCUACUGAAAUGACUGUAGAUGAAGGAGCUCCGCAAAAGCAUUAUCCUGUGGUGUCAGAAGGAGGAGGAUUUUGGGAUGAAGAUUUGGUAAAGUGGUAUGCUUAUGAGACCACUAACACGGAGACCAGACAGGCGGAAAAGCUCGCAUCUAGUGGCAGUCCUGAACUUCAGGAGGCUCCUGGGAAGACAACCUCCAAAAUAAAUCACCAGCUUGAGGUGGAAGAAAGCAAGGCCCCUCAGUCCUACAAGAAAAAUACCAAUUCUAACAACAAAAACGCUGACACGACAUAUAAUCAAGAUGUGCGCUCUGAGGAGCUGCCUUCCCAAGAGCAACCGAAGCGUAAGACCAGGAUUCUUCUCCCUCGGUGGUGUGUUUACAUAGCAUGGUUCCUGGUCUUUGCCAUUUGUAGCAUAUCGUCAUUCUUUAUUGUGUUUUAUGGACUGACUUAUGGCUCUAACAUGUCAAAACAAUGGUUUUUGACAUCGGUGUUUUCUUUUUUUCAGUCAAUUUUUCUGGUGCAGACGGCCAAAAUUUUACUCUGGACAAGUUUCAGAACAAAUAAAACCCAGUACUGUAAGGGCCUUCCAUGGACAGUGAAGUAUCGUUUCACGGAGAUCAAGCUUCCUGAGCUGAGGAAGAGCAAAGCCGAAAAACACAGGCAGCAUCUCCACAUCAGACGCCUGAGACGGUCUAAGAUCUAUAAACCCCUCACGCAGGUAGAAAUUGGAAUAUUCAAAAGGAAGAAGAGGAUCAAGAGAAGAGCAUUCCUUUUCCUUAGUUACCUUCUCAUGCACUUUACCUUUCUAGCCCUUUUGCUGGGCCUCAUCACGCGUCUGCACCACGCUGACUGCUUUCACUAUAACCAGUUUAUUCGGGAUUAUUUUUCCGUGGACCUUACCACAGUCACUAAGCUCGAACACAUCUACAGGUGGCUCAGUAAAGUACCACUACCUUUGUUCCACAAUGAUGUGCACCCGACGUAUAUUUAUGACAGCUCAUCUCAGAUCCUAGGUCUUCCACUGAUGCGGCAAGUUCGGGCCACCCCUGAUGCCAAAAGGUGUCUGCCUGACAAAAACCCCGUCCUAAAUGGCAUCAAGAACAUAAUGCAUUGUCAUCCCGAGUAUGGUGUUGACCCAGAAGACACAAAAAACUAUUCUAGCUUUUGGAAAGAUGUUGGAAAGCAGGCUGUCAGCACGAAUCCCAAUGGGUUUACCUAUAAACCACAAGAAAAGAAUUGGCCAUAUCAUUCCUAUGGACUGCUACAUACCUAUGGAUCAGGGGGAUAUGCCUUCUAUUUCUUUCGAGUUGUAAACUCAAGUGCAUCGGUACACUCUUUCUCACUUUCUGACCUUAACUGGAACAGGUCCGCGGAAAUCUACUUGUACCUGGCCGUUCUCAUAUUUUUCUUAGCUUAUAUUAUUGAUGAAGCCUAUAUCAUUGUGCAAGAAAGAGCCUCCUAUGUGAGAAGUGUAUAUAAUUUACUUAACUUUGUUUUAAAAUGCAUAUUUACUGUUCUGAUUGUGUUCUUUCUCAGGAAACUCCUCUUGACCACUGACAUCAUUCAGUUUUACUUGUUGAAUCCUAAGAAUUUCAUUCCAUUUCAUGCCAUUGGUCAAGUAGAUCACGUCAUGUGGUUAAUUUUGGGUUUCCUAUUAUUUCUGACAAUGUUGAAAACCCUCAGGUAUUCCAGAGUCUUCUAUGAUGUGCGACUGGCACAGAGGGCCAUCCAAAUUGCUCUUCCUGGCAUCACCCAUAUGGCCUUUGUGGUGUCAGUUUAUUUCUUUGUGUACAUGACUUUUGGCUACCUGGUAUUUGGCCAGCAUGAAUGGAACUACUGCAACUUGAUUCAUGCCACACAGACAGUCUUCUCCUACUGUGUCUCAGCUUUUCAGAACACCAAAUUCUCUAGUAACAGGGUCCUCGGUGUUCUAUUCCUCUCAUCUUUUAUGCUCAUCAUGAUCUGCAUUGUGGUCAACUUGUUUCAGGCUGUGAUUCUGUCGGCCUAUGACGAGAUGAAGCAGCCUGUCUAUGAGGAGCCAUCAGAUGAAGCAGAAGCAAUGACCUAUUUGUGUCGUAAACUAAGAAUGCUGUUUCGUUUCCUGACCUGCCAACCCAGGACCAAAGAGGAACCCGACUUUGUCACUGACAUGUUGUAUGGGCAACCAGAGAAGAAGAAUCGUCAGUACCUGGGGCUGAAGACCAGACUCGUUAAUGGGAAGAAAAUGGUUUACCUUGUUGUGUGAUCAAUGAAAAUGUCAAGAGCCGCUAAGGAAGACACCUCACAGACAGACCCACUUUCAGCCAGAGAGUUUCAGGCAUAUCUAGUGGCCAUCUCCUGAUUUUGUCCUUUCUACAUUUCGUAGUAUCCCCAGUCUUGGACUCUCUUCUUAAACAUGUGAAAGGAUUGUGUUGGACUGGAAUGUAGUGUCUGGGUAGAGGAGGAUCAGAGUCUUCGAUUUUAGGAUCAGAAAAUUGUGUAACUCCUGGUAGAGAGGCAACCCUUUCUUUUGUUGACCCUGCAGCAUUUAGAGGGAUUAGAGAGGCACGGUUUUAGAACCAGAAUUGAGGGAGAGAGCUGAAGACAUCCUGGGACAACAUCACCCUGCAGCCCCUAUGCUCAGCCCAGGCUUGAAUGCACAUUCUUGCUGCUUGACAAUAGAGUGCUGGGCUGCUCAGCCUCGCUUGGAGGUCCCACUGCAGACCAGGCCUUUUCCCCAUCCUCCUCUCCCUCAUAUUUCAGUUAGACCAAGUCUGGAGGGGUCCGAUUGGAACUUCUCAGUAUUUAUCUUCCUGCUUGGAAAUAGGGGGAUGAGAACUUGAGGGAAGCGAAUCAACCAGUGUGAGGUUUCCUCUCCAUUCUUCAACGUUACUAAAGAUGUCAAACUUGAUAACAACAGAAAGGUGUGUUUGUCUGUGUCAGUUCACGCUGCAUAUUUUAUAUAUGUUGACUAUAGCCCUAUAUACAAAAUGUAAGCACUUGAAUAUUUAUGAAGGAUAAAAUGGUAUUUAUCAUUUAAG